UGGCGAAGCACAUGAAAACGAAGAAAAAGAAAACGAAGAAAAAAACUAAAUCUAAAGUCGCUAAACUCACUGCAAUCAAUGCGAAGGUACUGUCCAAGGCACAGAAGAGACAUAUCAAGGAUUUUGGUGAGCUUCACCCUCUGGAUGCGAGUGAUUUCUAUGAAAAUGGCAGCAUGAAAGUGAAGAAGGUAUCAUUUAUGGAGAACAAUCCAUCUCAGUCAGACAACUCAAAGACCUUCCAAGAGAAAGAGUAUGUUGACUCAGAGGAAGAAGAGGAAGUUGACCCAUAUCAAAAGUUAGUUGGCUCUCUUGGUUCAAAUGUCAGGCAAAAAUAUUUACAGAUGAUAAAAAAUGAUGAAGAAAUGGAUGAUGAUAGUGAUAAUACUGAUGACGUUGAAGACUACGAUGACGAUGAUGUUGAGGACAUUGAAUCAGAUAUGGAAGUUUAUGACAAGAUUACUGAAGAAUCAACUGAAGCCAAUGAAAGUGAAAAAGAGGAAGGGAAAAGUGAAAGGAAGAAGACUGAAAUGGAAAACCAAGAAGUUGAAAGUGACACAAGACAAGGAGAUGAUGAUGAUUACAGUGAUGAUGAUGAUGAUAAUGUUGAAGAUUACAGACAAGAAAACUGUGAUGAUGAAAGUGAUAAUGAAGAUGUGAAUGACAACAUAAUAGAGCAAGACGAACAAGAUCCAUUUACUGUCCAUUUUGAACAAGACUUGGAUGAUGAUUUUGAAACAAAAAUUCUAGAUCCAAAAGCAUUUGAGCAAAAGACAAACAUAGUAUCAUCUCUGGGGACAGUCACAACGUUUGUCCCAACCUUCAAGGUCCCUAUGGUAUAUGGUUCAUCCAAUAAAACUCAAACUAGUGCCUUAUUCAAGGUCAAAAACAGACUGCGCAACUCUUGGAGAUUGUCAAACAAAUCUGCAGAACCUAAUGAAGAAUUUACCCCACUACAAAAGAAAUUAUUUCCAUACAUCAAUUCAUACCAGGAUGUUCUUUACUCAAACCGGUCCUUUGAUAAUGGCGAAGAUAUCUCCAAACUUUACUGUCUACAUGCUGUCAAUCACAUCCUAAAAACUCGUUCUAGGGUGCUUAAAAACAAUGCAAAAAUUGUCCUGGCCCAAAAGGAAAACAAGGAGGUUGAUGAUCUUCGUGAUCAGGGACUAACAAGACCAAAAGUACUCAUCCUCGUUCCAUUCAGAAAUUCCGCACUCAAGAUUGUCAAUAUUAUUAUAGAUUUAUUACUACCUAAUGGAGAGGGCCAAGUAAUGAGUAAAAAGAGGUUUCAAGAAGAGUAUUCCGAUUCUGGUGCCUCAGACACAAAAAGAAGCUUCCGACCAGUUGAUUUUGAGAAAAUGUUUGAGGGAAAUAUUGACGAUUGUUUUCGCAUCGGGCUUUCUAUAAUGAGGAAAGCUGUUAAACUGUACAGUCAUUUUUACUCUUCUGAUAUCUUAAUCGCAUCGCCACUGGGUCUAAGAACUAUCCUUGGUUCUGAUGGUGAAAAGUUUGGGGAUUGCGACUUCUUAUCGUCCAUUGAAGUUCUCAUUCUCGACCAAGCAGACGUCUACCUUAUGCAAAACUGGGAACACAUUCAGCAUAUCUUUGAUAAUCUACAUAAACAACCAAAAAAGGCACAUGACGUUGAUUUCUCUCGUGUUCGAAACUGGUGUCUAAAUGGCUGGUCAAAGUAUUAUCGUCAGACGCUAUUCUUCGGCAGCUUCUUUUUCCCAGAGCUGAAUUCUCUGUUGAACAAGCAAUGUCAUAAUUUUGCCGGGAAAACAAAAAUCCAACUGACUGAACUCCCAGGAACCAUUUGCCAAGUAGUGACACAAGUUCCCCAGGUUUUUUAUCGUAUCGAGUGUUCUUCACACGCCGAGUCCCAAGAGAAAACAUUUAAUUUUUUCGUCGAAAAGAUAUUGCCAGAGUUUCGGGGUCAUCUCAUGGGACACACGGCCAUUUUUGUACCUUCCUACUUUGACUUCGUUCGACUCCGGAAUUUCUUCCGGCAAGAAGAAAUAUCUUUCACUCAUAUUUCAGAAUAUUCCAAGAGGUCCGACAUAACACGGGCCAGAAACUGGUUCUUGGAAGGAUCAAAAGCUUUCAUGCUUUACACUGAGCGGUUCUACUUCUUUUACAGAUAUCGGAUCAAGGGAAUACGUAAUAUCAUAUUCUACGGUCUUCCUCGUUAUUCUCACUUCUACCCUGAAAUUCUGAACUUUCUGGAUACUGGAAACACAGGGAGCCAAUCAGCUGCGAUCACGACACCAGUCACGUGCACAGCGUUGUAUACCAAGUAUGACAGCCAUCGAUUGGCUGAAACGGUGGGCAGUCGGCGAUGCUGUCACAUGAUUUCUUCACACAAAAAGGUGCAUAUGUUCGUGACAGGAGAAAAAUCCACAUUAUAGAGGGAGGUGACAGUGCCAUUGACUUCCAGAAAGAACAAUUAAUCAAAAUAAUAAUAAGCUACACUCUCAGACAGAGCAAUGACCCGGCUAUGAGAAAAACAAUUUGAAAAUUUUUAUCAGAACAUAAAAGUUAUUUUCCACACAGGACUUUUGGAGGCAUUUUUAACGGGGACUAAAAUUACGUUUCUCACUAGCUUAUCAUUAACUCCAGAACCCUCAAUUGCCUUGGCUUUAGAAGCCAGAUUUCCCAUUACAAAUUGAUUGUAGAGUAAGCUAAACAGUUAAAAAGCAAUUCUCUCUAAGGGCUCGUUCUAAUUUGCUUCAAGACCUUUUAGCUAGGGCGUACCAUUUCAGACCGUUUCAUUCGGCCAUAUAGCGUAUCUUUUCGUUUAACGUUGUGCAUGAGAAGACACAUGAAUAUAUAUGCAACUCAAACAAAGAAUCUCAUUCUAGAGGGAAUGACCUGUGGUCUGAAAUGAAAAACAGUACCUCCAAGCCAAAAGGGUUUAUUAUAUAGCACUUUAUAUACCAUUUUAUAUACCACUUUAUUAUAUACCAUAACAUGACCUAAAACUGAAAUCGCGUCACAAAACUAACCCUAUAUAACGUGCAUUAUACUAUUAAGAAACCGUCCACAUAACGCAUACUUUUCGAUGCGUUCUGGCCUUGCCUUCACACUUAAAAGAUCGAAAAACAUACCUUUGGAAACGCUCUCAAGAGUGGAGACAUUUGAGAACGGAAGCCUAUCGUAUAAAACCUGGUUCACACUACUUGCAUCGGAAUCGGAAGCAACAAACGCAAACUCAGUAGUGUAAUGCUCGUUAACAGUCAGCUUGUCUUUAAACACCCAGGUGAUAAAUGCGAUACUAAGUCGGCGUAUGUUGCUUCCGAUUCCGACGCUUGUGUGACGUUAUUCCCACUGGCACUUCUGUUUUUUCGCAUGCGAUGAAGAUAUUGCAUCAUUUGCGAUCAUAUCUGCGUUUCUAUCAGUGUGAACGCUAUCACUGAUCCUAUCAGUGUAAACGCUAUGAAAACGCAAGUGUGGACGGGAAGCUUUCGAUGACUUUUCGGUUAGACGAAAACUAAAUAAACCUGUACACUGAACUUAAAAACUACGUAUUUUCUUACUAUGAAAUAAAACAAAUUUGACA